AUGUCGUUCUUUGCGAAAUUAGGAUCAGAUGAUGAUUCAUCUUCAUCUUCUGGAUCUGAAUCUGAAGAAUCCAUCUUGUCGGGAGAUGAAGGCUUAGCACAAGAUCAAAAAUUGGCUGAAGCUAAAAAAUCAAAAAAUAAAGCAUCAAUGUUCUUGAGGUCAGACGCUGAGGAUAGUGACGAAGAAUCUUCAGAUGAGGAGGAUGAAGAGGAAUUGACUGAUAGUGAUGAUGAAAGAGCUGCCAAAGGAAACAAGUUCUUGAUGGGUGCAGACUCGACUGAUGAAGAUGAAGAAGAGGAAGACAAGACAGUCGUCUUAAGUGCCAAAGACAAACGAUUCGCUGAAAUGGAAGCAGCCAUUCACAACAUCACGAAUGCAGUACGAAACAGUGAUUGGGUAUUAGCGUCUUCCGAAUUAGAUAAAGUGUUUAGAUUUAUUCAAAGACAUCAAGUCACAGUAGUAGCUACAACCGUCUCUGCCGCAGGACAUAUCCCACCUCGAUUCCUUGAGAUUUUAGUAUCGUUGGAAAAAGAUGUCAAUGAUACUCUUACUGCGGAGAAAUCAGCUAAAAAGAAAAUGGCUCCUGGAAAAGCUAAAGCUUUGAAUGGUAUGAAACAAACUCUCAAAAAGAAACAAAAGGAGUUUGAGGCUGUACUUAAGAUUUACCUUGAGGAUCCCGCCGCUUACACAUCGGCAUACGAGACCGCCAACGCUGCUCCCGCACCAAAACAAUCGGUCAAACGAGCUCAAGCCGCUCAAGGUGAUGACGAGGCAAACGAAGACUUCAUGACUAUCGGUAAAGGUGGUAAAGCACUCAACUUGACUCCCGAAGGUGUUUUCAAGACCCUUCGUGAUAUCUUUGAGCAACGAGGUCGAAAGAACACUGACCGAGCUGAAACAAUCAAAAUCCUUUCCAAACUCCUCGAAGUAUCCGAAACGACCUACCAGAAACUCCGAGUCCUCCUUGCUCUUGUACCUGCUCGAUUAGACUAUUCACAAAAUCUCGCUCACAUCCCUCAUGAAUCUUGGGUCCAAGGUCGUUCCGAACUCGAUCAACUUAUUACCUUACUCUUACAAAAUGAGGAUUACGUUGUUCAAGAGACAGUAGGGGAAUACGAUGACUUGGUAGAGAGAGAGCCUACGGCUGUUAAUGGAAAGAAGGAGAGAGUCGCUGUUGCUGGUAGUUUGAUCAGUUUGUUGGAGAGCUUGGACAAUGAGUUCACUAAAACCCUUCAACAUACCGAUGCUCACGAGAAAGGAUCUGACUACAUUGAGCGAUUGAGGGAAGAAACACCUCUAUAUACCCUUAUCGUCAAGGCUCAAUCACUCUUCGAACGAGAAAAUCUAUCCGACUCCUCUGCACGAGCUGUCAUGAGACGAUUGGAGCACGUAUAUGCCAAACCUAACAUCAUCAUUGAUCACUUUGAGUCCAAAGUCACCGAUAAACGAAGCGCCGAUGCUCUCAUCCAUGACCUAUGCGUUCACAUCUACGGAUCUGAUGCACCUGUUUUACGUGCUCGAGCUAUUCUUUUCCACAUUUACAACCACGCUACCCAUGGACGAUAUCACCAAGCUCGAGAUCUCCUGCUCAUGUCCCACUUGCAAGAUACCAUUCAACACGCCGACGUCACCACUCAAAUUCUCUACAACCGAGCUAUCAUGCAAUUAGGUCUUGCAGCAUUCAAACUUGGUUACAUCACCGAAUGUCAAACGAUCUUAGCUGAUAUGUUCGCGACUCAACGACAAAAGGAAUUACUUGCUCAAUCCGUUCAAAGAUUCCAACAACAGUUGUCACCUGAACAAGAAUUGAUCGAAAAACGAAGAUUAUUACCUUUCCACAUGCACAUGAACGUCGAAUUACUCGAAGCUGCUUACUUGACUUCAUGUAUGCUCAUCGAAGUACCUUUAUUGGCAAGUGUAGAUACCGAAGAACAAAGAAGAAGAGUUACCUCAAAAGUCUUCAAGAGGUUAUUAGAUCUUGCUGAUAGACAAGCUUUCAUGGGUCCACCAGAGAACACAAGGGAUCACAUCAUAAAAGCUUCAAAAGCUCUUCAAGCUGGUGAAUGGGAAAAGGCAAGAGAUCUGAUCUUGUCAAUAAAGAUUUGGUCACUGUUGGACAACGUCGAUGAGGUUAAGGAUAUCUUAUCAAAGAAAAUCCAAGAAGAAGGUCUCCGAACUUACUUAUUCACAUAUUCAUCAUAUUACGCUUCCCUUUCUUUAUCUCAUCUUUCAACGACUUUCUCACUCCCUCAACAAACCGUAACGUCAAUAAUCUCACGAAUGAUCUAUACCGAUGAAUUACCAGCAUCAUUAGAUCAAAUCGACGGAGUAGUGAUAUUCCACCGAAUUGAACAAAGUGAGGUACAAAGACUCGCACAACAAUUAGCAGAGAAAACAGCUUCGUUGUUAGAUCAAAAUGAAAAGAAUUUAGACCUCAAACUUGGUUCAGCUAACCAAGGUCAAGAGAGAGAUGGACAGAGAACAACAGGUGCAGGUGGACAAGAAGGUAACAGAGGAAACAACACUGAGAGAAGAGGCGGUGGUAAUAGAGGUUCAUAUAGAGGAAGAGGUGGAAGAGGUAGAGGUGGUUUCAAUGCUGGCUUAGGAAGUACAAUGGGUAGAAGAGUUGCCGCUCAAUAA